AUGGCUCGGUACUCUAAAAAUUUCCCUGAAAAUAUUCGCACUUUGUACACUUUUGGAGUGGAGAUUGAAUUUAUUGUCACCUUUAAAAUUGUUGAUUUUAUUGAAGUUACUAAGGUGGGAAGUAUUCACCACUCGUCACGUUGGAAGUUGCUACGGGCUGUAUAUGAACGGAUUGUCAAGACAAUGCAAGAUAAUGGAUUCGCAGUGAACAGUUAUCUUUCGCAUUACAUCGAGGCAUCUUGCUGGACGGUUAAGCAAGCUCCCUCUCUCCACCUCGAGGAAUUUAAUACGAAGGUUGAUCAAUGGGGUGUCUGCCCCGUCAAGCUUAUGACACCCGUUAUGACCUAUGCGUCACCUUCAUUUGACUCAAUCGACAGUGCUCUAUCCCUGCUGAAGCAGGAUUUUGAUAUUAUCACAAAUGACUCAUAUACAUACAUGGCCACAGAGGGGAAGAGUUUACAGAGCCUUGGUUUCUCUCUUACGGCCCUUGAGAAUCUCUUGUGCUUUAUCUGGUUGUACCAAUAUCAAUUAGAAGCAAUUCACCCGCCAGCCCGCCUCUGUGAGUCCCUCUGCCUUAGUCCACGCGUCUUGCUAUCCCACCUAAACUCAUUCACUGUGAAACAACGAAUUUCGAGCUGCACCAGCAUGAAACAAUUAUGCUUUCUCUGGGCUGGGUCGGCCGUAUACCACGGGCAUAGGCCAGACACAUUUGCAUAUAGCAUUCAUGAUAUGACUGCCCACUCUUCUGCGAAUGGUGAGAUUCUUGAUUCAGGGAACCAGACUGUGCGGUUUGGACAGCACCGAAGUACCAUGGAUAUAUUAGAGAUAUACCACUGGGUGAUGCUUGUGGGUCACUUGGUGAGGCUAGCAGAUACGUGUGAUCCCUGGUGUCGGCCGCUUGGUUUAGCCGUUGGGUUCGAUAGAACACAACCAGUUAAGACUAGUGAGCUUAUGACUGUGCAGUUGUUGGAGGAGAUUGGUGCAGCGGAACAUGCAAAUUUCUAUGGCCCAAGAUUGUAUAAGAACGAUAGAACUAUCGCUAAAGAUUAA